AUCUGUCUAUCUCUAUCAUGAUUAUCUAUCAUCUACCUACCUACAUGUUUCAUUUGCCACCCAUCUCGUAUCCAACAACUCUGGGCAGCUUACAAUAUAGCAACACUGAAAACAUUAAAAUAAUUCAUUAUAAAAACACAGCAGAUAAAAAAGCAUUGAAAGAUAAUGACAUCCUCGUCAUCGUCCAGCUGUUCGGCUUGGGGUAGAGUGGGAACUCUUUAGCCACUGUGGUUUGUAAAACAUGGGUUAUAGUAUAGCUUGUGUGAAUCCAAGCAUGUGGUUUAUUCAAUAAACAAUUGUUUAUGGAUUAUUCUCUCCUCUAAUGAUAAUCUGACAUUUCCAGUAACGUUCUUCUCUUCCAGCCACAGAAGGAUUAGAAGACCAUGUGGUUUUAUGUGGUGGCCUUGCUGGGGUUCUAUUUCCUGUUCCGUUGGUACCGUGAAAAACAGAUUUUGCCAAACCUGACAGAGAAAUAUGUCUUCAUAACUGGCUGUGACUCUGGAUUUGGCAAUCUCCUGGCUCGGCAGUUGGAUGCGAAAGGCCUUCGGGUCUUGGCAGGUUGUCUGACCCAGCAGGGUGCAGAAAAGCUGAAAGAAGCCACUUCAGAACGGUUGCAGACCAACCUCAUAGACGUCAGCAGCACAGAAGAUUUGGACAAAGCAACGAAAUGGGUGAAAAGCCAAGUUGGAGACAAAGGACUUUGGGGAUUGGUAAACAAUGCCGGUGUUUCUAUCCCAACUGCCCCAAAUGAGUGGCUAACCAAGGAGGAUUUCAAGAAAAUCAUCGAUAUCAAUCUACUUGGGGUGAUUGACGUGACCUUACACAUGAUACCAUUGUUGAGAAAAGCCAAGGGACGUAUUGUCAACAUUGCCAGCAUAAUGGGCCGAUUAAGUCUUUUUGGUGGAGGCUACUGCCCUUCAAAAUAUGGUGUGGAAUCUUUCUCUGAUAGUCUCAGGCUUGAACUCUCCCCCUUUGGAGUGAAAGUCUGCAUAAUAGAGCCAGGUUACUUCCAAACUGCAGUCACCAAUGAUAAAAUCUUGCACCAGAAUUUCAGGAACCUCUGGGAGCGUCUUCCAGAAGAAAUCAAGGAAGCGUAUGGAGAGAGUUAUUAUAAGUCACUGAUGGAAGGAACCUCUAAACUGCAAGCCAACUGCAAUUCUAAACUUCAUCUGGUUACCAACUGCAUGGAACAUGCAUUGACUGCUGUGCAUCCUCGCUUCCGCUACUCAGCCGGUUGGGAUGCCAAACUCUUUUACCUCCCUGUAAGCUACUUGCCAACUAGGCUAGCAGAUCAGCUGUUUUUGUGGUCUUACCCUCAACCAAAAAAGAGCACUUAGGGUGGAGAGAUGUUAGUUUUCAAGAAGAAAGUUUGACACUGGUGGAUUGGGCUUGGAAAGCUCUUCUUUUUAGAACCUUUCAUUCUUGGGUGGGUUUUUAUAGGCUCUUUAUAUGAUACUGUUUCCAGAAUACUGUCUAUCCUAAAUUAUCUUUUAUUACAUCAGACCAGUUUCCUUGUUACAUAGUUAUUGUGGGUAUGGGUAUUCCCACCACCCACCAGUUCUAUCUUUUGUAGAAGUGAUACUUAUCUAGAUUUUGACUCUAAAAUAUUAUCAGGGCAAGAGCAUACAAAAUUUCCCUAAAUCAAAUAGGACCAUUGAUCUGUCCAACUUAGUAUGUAACCUUGGAUCUUUGAGAUCCUGAUAAACUGGUGGCGGGAAGGAUGUACCUCCAAAGGUCUGUCACUAAACUAUGGUUGGGAACCGCCAUCAUCUUCUUGUGCCAUAUCUCUCAUCGGACGUUGGCGAUCCUAUUUUUAUCAACAGCCACACGAAAAAGUGCUGUUGAGUUUUGUCCAAACCAGUCCCUUAGAUUUUGAAGCCCUGAUGUUCUUCUGCCUGGACCUCAUUUGCCUUCCAUCUUUCCUUGGAGGUUUAAAUGAAGUAUGCCAUGUUUUUCUGGGGGUCAUGUCCAAAAUAUUCUAACUUUCGCUUUUUGAUAGUUUUGGUGAUUUCCCUUGGCUUUCCCAGGCAGCUUAUCACCUCCUCGUUUCUGAUUUUGUCAACCCAAUUUAUACGUAACAGCUGCCUGGAAUUGCCAUAGCUGUGCAAUAAUAUGACAUAGAUCCUGUUGUUCAGGAUGGGUUCAAAGACUGCAGAAGAUUCCAGCCAGAUAAUCCCAACAAUUCUAUAGAUAUAUAGAUGGUCCUCCUGACUGCAUUCUAUUAAUUUGAGAAUUAAUCUACAAGGAAAACUUGCUCUGAAAGUACUAUUUCAGGCACCUUUAGGAAAUUCUCAUACUUCUGUACAUUUUUUACUCACUUAGUUUUCUACUACAGGGUUACUCCCAGACUCUCCAUCUGCCAGAGCCCUUGGGAAGGCCAUUACUAUUUGUUGUUUAGCCUAUUCGCAGCUUUUUCAGAGUUACUUUUUAAUGCCGAUCAUCAUAAAUCCUAACCAAAUUAAUCUUGUUGGAGCGAUUUCACAAUUUGCCUUUUGUCUAUACUGUUUAAAUCACAAUGUUAACAAUUUGUGUCUUAGCUUUGUUUUUAAAUGAUUAAAAAAAACAGCAUAGUAACUUCAUAGUAACCUCACAGUAACACCAUAGUAACCUCAUCGUGGAAUAAAACAGAAUCAUUAAGUUGAUGUUAAGUUGACCUUUCUUCCUUUGAAAGUGAAGCAAUCUGAAAACUUAAAGAAUUAUAAUGAUCCAGGAAAAAAAGGGAGGGGAGGAAAAUACAGAGCUGGUUUUUAAGCCAUGCUGGUAGUAGAGCAGUGGUCACCAACUGGUGGUCCGUGGACCACUGGUGCUCCAUGAGAAAAUUUUGGUGGUCCACAGAAAAAUUAUUUGCAUUUUUUAUAUUGCACUAAAUCAGGGGGCCUCAAACUACAGCCCCUGGGACAGAUACAUGCAAUGAACAUUUGUAUUGCUGCAGAGAGUCUCCCCCUUUGGGGUCUUUUUGUGUGUGUAAGAGGGGGGCAGAAAUUCCAACUUGGGGUCUGCUUCAGCCUCCUGGUGCAAGGCUUUGGGCGAAGGCUGGAGGGAAGUGCCGCUGGUGGCAAAGAGCCAGAGGACCUUGUUCCAGUGGGACUGCAUCAUGGCCUGGAACUGGUUGACAAUGUCAGCCCAUUGAGCCUCCAGGCACCUGUACCUGGCCUUGCACUCCCGCUGGUCUUCCCUCUGCUUAGAAAGCUUAGGCUCGUAGUCCUCAGUGAGGUGCUUCUGCUGAGCCUCCUUCUCAGUUAGAUCUAAUUUGAACUCAACCAGUUGUUUUGCCAACCCUUUCUCAUGGUGGCUGCUUAGCUUCAACAACUGUUUCCUGUUGGGGCCCUACGGAGCCUGGGCGGGCAGGCAAGGAGGGGCUAGGAGGGGAGGGGUGAGUAGAGGCCGGCGAGGUGCGCAUUUAAAUGCAACCAUAGGUUUUAGCAAAAUUUGUAUAAAAUUAUAGCAAUGUUUCAAGGUUGGCAAUAAAAUUUGUGUAUUUGGAAAUCUAAAAGCAUGUGAUAAAAUCUCACACUAAAGAAUCCAACAAUCCUUAGAAAUAUUUGUACAUGCAGGAUAAGGAAGCAGCAUAAUAAUUAAAGCAAAAACAAAUAACACAAAUGAGGCAAUUAUGUUCUGAAAGAACUGCAGAAGCUGAGCCUUCUUCAAUUAUCUUACAGAACUUGUGAAAUCAAUUGAGGGUUGUGGAAAAGCAGUUUGACUGCAGUCUCAGGCAGUAGGAACAAUGGUGAAAAAUGUUGAGAACUGCAGUUUAGAAAUAUCUGGAAAGCUAAUAUAGGUAGUCCUUGACUUAGCAACCAUUUGAAGUUACAACUAAUCUGAAAAGGGGGGGGACUUACGAUGCAGAUCUGAAGUUCUGAAUGUCGCCACCCCUUUGUGGUUAUGUGAUCUGACUUUGGGCGUUCAGCAACAGGGCCACAUUUAGAGCUGUUUGGAAUGUCCCACAGUGAUGUGACUUCAUUUCCAGCAAAACUGCACCACAAUGGGUAUGCACUUAGGACCACUGUGUUCACACAAUGACCACCCCCCAAAAAAAUAGCAAAAUCAGAUCGGUAAUGUUUUACAACCAUUACACUUUACAAUCAUGAUGGGCAGACUCCAUUACAGUUGUAUCUCAAGGACUACCUGUAAUCCCCAUCCUUUUGAUAAAACCUCCUUUGUCAAUUCUAAUCCCUGGUUUGUGUGCCCGGAUGGAGAAGGGAAGCUAGAGCAUUCAGUUCCUGAAGAGACCAUAAGUUGCCAAAGACAUCGGUAUUUUUUAUCAUUUUCUUUUAUUCUUAGUUUGUUAAAAAUGUAAGUCAUUGUGAAUGGAUAAAAUGAAUAAAACUCUGGAUUUCCUUAUGCCUCACUUUUUUUUUAAAGUUAAUCGGAAUGUUGCAAGAAUGCUGGAUGUGCUGUCAUAAAGUGGCCAUCACUAAUAUUGGCUAUCAAAACAGACAAAGACAUUAGAAAACAAAAUGAUGCCAGAUUAGAUGCAGCUUGUUUCUGCCAUGGUUUUAGCCGUCCAUCCAGAGGGUGAAAUCCUAUCAGUUCGGGAUUAUGGGCAUCAAUUCGCCGAACCGGUAGUAAUUACCUCUCCUUGGCCCCACCCACGCCCGCCUGGUUGCCAAUCACCUCUUCCGGCCGCUCGAUAUUCCACAGAAUUCAAUGUUAAAUGCAGCAGAGAGAAUGCUAACUUCAGAACAGAGCUGCUGCAACCUGUCCCUUUUAGGGUACUCCCCGGGAGGGAGGGAGACGGGGGGAUGGGGAGCAGCUGUAAUAGGGCCGUAAUAGCUCAGGCUGUUAGAAGCCUGUUAUUAGAACACAAUAGCCUGCAAUUACUGCAGGUUCAAGCCCGGCCCGAGGUUGACUCAGCCUUCCAUCCUUUAUAAGGUAGGUAAAAUGACCCAGAUUGUUGGGGGGGCAAUAAGUUGACUUUGUAAAUAUACAAAUAGAAUGAGACUAUUGCCUUAUACACUGUAAGCCACCCUGAGUCUUCGGAGAAGGGCGGGAUAUAAAUGUAAAUUAAAAAAAAAAGCUGGAAUGGAGCCAUUUUUGUGAAAGGCAGGAAAAUUUUUAAGAAGAUGUUGGAUAACCAUUUGUCUGAAGUGGUGUAGGGUUUCCUGCCUGGGCAGGAGGUUGGACUAGAAGACUCCAAGGUCCCUUCCAACUCUCUUACUAUUAUUAUAAGAAGGCUCCACAUCCAUUUGUACUACUCAGGUGAGUACAAAGAUAAACCUCCAAGUGACCUCAAUGACUCUCUAAAAAGAAUGCAAAUGACCAGCUGUCCAGAAGGAAUAUAAAUCCUUCCAUUCCCCAUCAUCCAGUCAGAGCUGAAGAAGCUUCUUGGAUGAGAAGCGAAAUGUCUUCCAAAAAAACAACAACAACCAAGAAAGUCCAGUUGCCUCCUGAAAAAGCAUUUUUGGGACAACCAUGACCUAGUGACUGAGACUCUUCAUAGACCUGUCCUCUUUUGGCAUUUAUGACACAUAUGCCUUGGGAUUUAGGGAAACUUCGAAUCAUGUUGAACUAUUUGUGGCCUUACAGAAAAUAUCCUGUUCUUCCCAAGAUACUGACCCCCAGGUAUGCUGGAAUGCAAAUAGAAUGAAGGUUUGAAGCACAUGAUCACAAUCUGGGACCUUUCCAGCCAGCUUCUGCCAAGCGAAGUCAGUAGGAGAAGUUCAAUUCACUUGACAAGCGCAGUAAAAAUUAUAACACUGAGACCAAUCAGAUGACGGCUUGCUUAAUAGCUGUAUCCCUCAGUGACCAAAAUUCCAACUGUAGUUGUUAGUCAAGGACUACCUGUACAUCUAUAAUCCCUUGGCCCGUUCAGUCACAAUGAGAUUGUGGGCUAUGUAUAGAAAAUGCUAGAUCGUGUUGGCUAACCUUGGUGCACACGCACAUGAGCGCCAGAAACCGGAAGCUCAAAUUUCUGGUUUCCGGUGUGCACAUGCACGCUGGUCACCUGGUCUUGCAGUUUCUGGCAUGCAUACAUGCGUGAAGACCAGCUGGCCAGUGCGCAUGCAUGUACAGAAACUGGAAGAGCAACGGGUGAUGCCUGGCGUGCCUGGAGAGAUGGUUCUCCAUGUCACUUCUGACACAUGUGCCAUAGGUUCGCCAUCACUGUGCCAGAUGGUGGAAGACUGACAAAAGUACAUGUAAGAGAUCCAUUUAGCAAUUUCAACUCUUAAUAGUUACUGGAUACAGCCUAGUUGCACAGUAAAGAAUGGAAUGGGAAUGGGAAUAGAAUAGAAAAUAGAGUAGAGUAGAGUAGGAGAGGAGAGGAGAGGGGAAGGGAAGGGAAGGGAAGAGUUGGAAGGGACCUUGGAGGUCUUCUAGUCCAAUCCCAUCCUCAGGCAGGAAACCCUAUACCAGUUCAGACAAAUGGUUGUCCAACCUCUUAAAAACAUCCAGUGUUGGCUCAUUGACAACUUCUAGAGGCAAGUUGUUCCAACGCAAUGAACAGGAAUAAGCACGCAGAGAAUGGAGAAUCCCAUUGUUUGCAAGCCUUCUCACUGAUGACUGCUGUUUAACUAUUAAACUAAAGUUGUUCUCAUGGACAUAUCAGAAAAGAUCAGAAGGCCUGUCUGCCUGAUCUGUUAAAUUAGAAGACCUGUAACAAACUAUUAAUUUUAGAAAAUAUUACUUCAGAGAAAAAGUAGUGGAAGCUUGGAACCACCUUCCAGUGUUGGUUAGAAAUUAUUGAUGGGUUAUCAAUAACUGUGUUUAAAUAUGCUUGAGAUAAACAUGUGUCCAACUUUCGAAUAAUAAAAAAAAGCCCUCAAAGGCCAGACUUGAUGGACCACUAGGUCUUUUUCUGCCAUCAGUUUUCCGUUUCUAUGUUAAAGAAUGGUCCAGUUCUAAAGCAUUAUUACCCUCAAGACAUCAGCUGGUUAUAGUGGUAACUUUGCACCCUUUGCUCAAUCCUAAAUUUGCCUGUCCUCUGUUUCCCAUGGCACCCUUUUCUGCAAACUGGUCUGAGGCAAUCAAACAGUCCAGGGCCCCCCUGGAGAUUCCCUUCAUUUUCCAGAGCAGGUUAUUAAUCUUGAGAUAACACUCUGAUGGAACAAAUCAGUUUAGGGAUCAAUGUAACCUGCUUGCUGUGGCAUAAAGAUGCCUUAGUAAAAAAAAAAUUAUCAUUUCCAGGUUGAACCUCUCCUAACGCCAUCACUCUGCUAAACAAAUAAUUCCCUCAACACUGUCAAACUAUUUACUAAAUCUGCACUAUUAAUCUUCUCAUUGUUCCCAUCACCCAUCUCCUUCCACUUAUGACUGUAUGACUGUAAUUUUGUUGUUGGCAUCCUUAUGAUUUAUAUUGAUAUUGAUUGUUUCCUGAUUGCUUAUUGUACCCUAUGACUAUCAUUAAGUGUUGUAUCAUUAAGUGUUCAAUUUGUACCCUAUGACCAUCAUUAAGUGUUGUAAGUGUUGUACUUUGAUGAAGUUAUUUUUUCUUUAUGUACACUGAGACCAUAUGCACCAAGACAAAUUCCUUGUGUAUCCAAUCACACUUGCCCAAU